AUGCACCCGAUUGUAUUCGAAUUUAAAUCAGCAAUUGAUCAUUAUCCGUUGGUUGGCCAUUUGUUUUCUUCUUCUUCAUCAAAGCCAUCAUCAUCACCACUAAAUAAAUUAGAUAAGAAAGAUGAACAACAAGAGAAAGAUUCAAAAAACUUGUCUUUGGGAAUGAAAAGAAAAAUUAAUUAUGUAAUUAUUAAUUGUGCUACAGGUAUUCAUCAGACUUUUUACUUGUCCUUUGCUAAAUUUCUUGCUGGUCAAUCGGAGAAUGUGAUUGUAUUUACGUAUGAUUAUAGAGGAAUGGGAAAAUCUAGGAAUACUGAAAAACCAAUUCAGAAGGAUGUUUCAUAUUUGGAUUUUGCUAAAGAUUUCUGGGGAAUGUUGGAACAUGUUAAGGAAUAUCACUCACAACACGCAUCAACGUGUGAGAUGGAAUUGACAGUCGUAGGUCACUCUAUUGGAGCCUACUUGCUUAUGACUUGCCCUCCACAUUUGGGAAAGCUUGUCAAUCGAGCAUUCUUGGCCUCAAGCUAUCAUGCUUACUUUGGUUAUAGUAGUCCAUUCAGAAAUUGGGAAUCAUUGUGGAAUUACAUUAAUGUUAGAUUAUUCUUCUAUAGUAUUCCAAUUCUUUCGUAUUUGAACAUUUUGGAAAAUAAUGGAAGAUCUGCCAACUGAAGUAGCAAAACAGUGGAACUAUUUUCAACAUCAAAAGGAGUAUAUGGUUCAUUGUGGAAAUGAUUUUCUUUCUCACUGCGUACAAGACCCAAACAAACCAAUUGGAUUCAAUGACCCUGUUGUCCCCGUUGCUAUUUCACAUGUUAAAAUACUGACUUGGUUAUUUGAUGAUGACAUUUAUGGUAAUGAAUAUUCUAUUGAAAAGUUCAAUGAGAAAUUUUAUGGAAAGUGUAAGGAAUAUCACUACGAGUUAUUCAAAACACCUUUACCAGUGAC